GGACACACAGGGACUACAGCUCCCAGCAGGCCGUUCGGCUCCACGCGUGUCGGAGAGCAGCAGCAGCAGCAGCAGCAUGUCUGUGUUUAUGGAUUUAAACCUGAGCUACACGGCAGAGAAGGGCCGACUGCAGAGUCUGAUAGACACCGCAGCUCACCUCGGUUUCUCCACCGUCGCCAUCAACUACAUGUUUGAACCAAAGGCCAAAAAGAAACAGGAGAUUCCCGCCCCGACGCCGAUCAAUGAGCUGAUCGAUCAGCUUCCUGUCGUACAGGGUCGGUCCCGUCCAAUCAGAGUGCUGAACAGACUGACCGUCGUGAUGUCAGACUCCAGCCACUUCAGGCUCAACACUCCAGAGUUUCAGCGUUUCGACCUCCUGGCCGUCCAGCCGACAACAGAGAAACUCUUCCAUACAGCCUGUAUGGUGUAUGAUGUUGACAUCAUCUGCGUCUCAGUGACGGAGAAGCUUCCCUUCUUCUUCAAGAGAGCGCCGGUCAGCGGGGCUAUAGACAGAGGUCUGGUGUUUGAGGUCUCGUACUCUGCAGCCAUCAGAGACGCCACCAUGAGACGCUACACCAUCGCUAACGCCGUGUCUCUGAUGGAGAGCUGUAAAGGGAAGAACGUGAUCCUGUCCAGCGCAGCCGAGCAGCCUCUGGAGCUCAGAGGUCCGUAUGACAUCACCAACCUAGGUUUGUUGUUCGGUUUGUCAGACGGAGACGCAAAAGAAGCCGUUUCCUCCAGCUGUCGCUCAGCUGUUCUACACGCAGAAACCAGGAAGACGGCCAGUGGGAUCAUUUCCACCGUGAAGCGCGGCAGCGAGCCGUCCUGCCAGCAGGAGGCGCCACCUGCUCCGGACCUCUGUGGCAGGUGACGCUCCGGCAGCCAAGAGAGCCAGACCUCACCUGACCCAGUGACUGGCAGCCGAGGAGGGCGGGGCUUCAGCACGCAGAGGGGGCGGAGUCCAGUCUUGAUUUCUGAUUUGUUGUUUGAUUUCUGUGUUUUCUGACUUUUGUUCCGACCGAAGAAACCAAAUAAAGUUUCCGUUCAUCAGCCAACAGAAAACAGA